AUGCUCAAGUCGUAUCUACUUUCGUGUCUCCUCCUGGAGGCGGCAACCGCCCAAUGGUUCACACGUCGUCCAACACCAACACCAACACGUGUCGCCCCACCGUCGGCAACCCAGUCGCUUUAUGGUCAAUGGCCAACAAUAUGUCCACCGGGGGCAUAUUGCAAGUUUGACGGAAACAUUUGGUAUGAGCAGUGCGUCGCUAUCGAAACAGAUGGCGGGGGCCAGCCCAGCACCCGGACCGCGACCACUGUCGUCACCGUCGGACCAACAGUGGUGACCACCUUCAUCACCUACCUGACCCCGAAGCCGACUACGACGAGGCCGGCGCAGGUUGUCACCAUCACUGUAGUGCCCGACGAUCCGUGUGACCAUGAAUAUCUGUGUUAG